AUGAUCCGCCGUGUCCUCGAAGAACUGGUGACACUGAUUCGGUAUCACAACCCCGAUAUUCCGGGAACGGCAUACAUCAUCAAUCCUCGUGAAGAAUACCUCGGAUCUCUUGAUAUCGAUGACGCUCUCCCGAGAAACACAGUACUCUUGAACAACCCAGAGGACCUUGUUCGAUACCUCGGCUCUCAACUUCCACCUCGAUAG